GUCACAGGGCUGCCCCUCGGGGCUUCACACCCUUUUCCUGUUCCAGAACCAGCCUUCCCCAAAGUCCCCGUUUCCUGGAGGCCCAGACCUAGUAAAGUCAGCCCAGUGUUGGGUUAAUAGUUUAAUGCGUAACCCCUCCCAGGGAUAUACGUAUUUCAAACACAGGCAGCUGGAGGAAGCUACACUUUUAACCAAAGAAUGAAAUCUACCAGAAACUGCCCAUUGAAGGGCAAAGGUCCCCCCCCCCCUUUGUCAGUGAGGUCUUCCUGGGCAGCCCCAUUCAGAUGCCAUGACCUUGUCAGACACCUCCCUCUGUCUGAGCAAACUUUGCCACCCCUGCCCGGUAGAACACUGAGUUCCCACCAAGCCCGUGAGCUGGAAGCAGGUUACAGUGAACCCCCUUCGGGGCUAUAUCUGCCCUCGAACCCCAGGCCUGGACGGGAGGACGUGGAAUACUACCAGUCAGAGGCGGAAGGACUCCUGGAAUGCCACAAAUGCAGAUACUUGUGCACUGGGAGAGGUGUGGUGCAGAUAGUGGAGGUGAUACUGAAUGGGAUGGUUCUCAUGUGUAUCGUGGCUUCCUACUUCGUCCUGGCUGGAUUCAGCGCCAGCUUUGCCAGUGGUGGCGGCUUCGGGAACAACUAUUACUCACCGUUUGAGGGCACGGAGCUGGAGCAGGUCCGGCAGCUGGACCAGCAGUACACAGUCCUCCGGGCGCCCCUCAUCUACGGCGGCGUGGCGGUGUCCCUGGGGCUGGGUGUCCUCACCAUGGGUGUGUUACUCCAAGGAGCCAAGAGUCUCACCAAACUGCCAAGGAAGUGGCUCGUCCUGGAGGCCGCCUUCAGCCUCCUGGCCGCAGUGGGCUACUGCGUGGGCAUCGGCGUUUUCCUCCACGUAGCCCUGCGGAUCAAUGCCACAGACACUUGCAAGAGAAGAGAGAGGCUCUAUGCCCGCAAAGGCCUCACCUGGAUGAACUGCCAGCUGGCAGGCACCGACGGGGCAGCAGCCACCUUUGCUUGUCUCCUGGUGAUAAUGUACGGAGUCAGCGUGGUGCUGGCCCUCCGGAGCUACCGAGAACAGAAGCUCUACAGAGACAGCCGAGAGCAGCACAGAAACUACAGUGCGGGACCGGAGUACCUGUGGUCCGGAACACUCUGAGGUCUUCUUCUCAGAACCUAAAUGUCAGCCAGCCUCCCUGGUUCCUCUCAGAAAGAGGAGUCCUUUAAAAUCGCACAGUUGACGACUGGUGUUUUCACAUACAGGAUUUUAUAAAUGCUCGCUUUGGUACCGAUGCAAAGCUAGAUGGCCAUCUCAUUUUUCUGACAGGGAGCUUUUCAAGCUCAAAGCUUGGAAAAAAAAUCUCCCCCACCUUUGCUACAAAGAACAUCAGAAGUUUGGAUAUGCACUUAUGGUCUGGCUCCCGCACCAGAUGGUAAGGUGAUGAUGGCUAAGUAGCCAGAGAAAUCCUGAAAGUUGAGAACUACACAUCAGGGGUAGCAGGCCUGGCGUUCUAGUAGGAAUAUCUCACCCGUCUCAACUAUUGAGAUUCACCAAAAGAAACAUGCCAUACCCCCUCCUAUGUGGUCCCAGGAGAAUGCUUUUAAAGCAGUUGUGUGACUGAAUUCUAAACGAGUCAUCCGACCCUCUCCUAGAGGGAAACUGUUCUGCCCACAGGGCAGUGUGCCGACUGCCUGGAUCCCAAGGAGCGAGAUGGGAGGCUGGGUUUCUGACACAUGAAGAGAGAUGCUUGUAGCAUGCAUGUUCCUCCUUGAGAUUCCUGUAUUAGAGCUGAGAGAAAAUGUCUUGGGUUUUAUUGCCACAUUCCAAGUUAGUUUCUUUUUGUUGCAAGUCACUCAACUGGAAUUCAGCCUUCCUGAAAUAUUUUUCUGAAAUAUGGGGCUCCCAUAAGUCAUACACUUCUUGCCCGGCUGGGAUGACUUAGUGGUUGAGCAUCGACCUAUGGACCAGGAGGUUACGGCUCGAUUCCCGGUCAGGGCAUAUGCCUGGG